GUUGGUUUGUUUGUUGUUGCGCCGUUUGGUUGUCAUAAGCAAGUAGAUUUCAAUCGCUAAAUUUCUUCACUUUUCUGACUGGAAUUAGUGCCUUUGUUGCGAGGAAUCCGUUAAGAGUGAUUUUGGAAAUGAAAAGGAGCAAAAAAAAAUUGAAAUUAACGCAACUGUAAAACAUUUUACCCACUAGAAGUGAUUGAAAUCAUAUGUAAAUUAAGUGACGUUAGUGUUGGUAUACAGUUUGUGCGUAAAACCAGGUGGUCCGUUGUAUUGUGGUCAACGGCGAACAAACUAAUAAUUUACUCUGAUCAUUUGUAGUCAACCUUUUACGGCUCUUUAUUGAAAUAUUGUAUGUACAUUACAUAGAAACCGACAACCGCACGUGAGUAUUAACAGAACAUCUCCCAACAAACAAUACAUCAACAUUCCACUAAAUCCAAGCAAUGACCACUCGGCAAUGUCCUCCCAGCUGCCGAUUCGCAAAAACUUCGAACCACUCGUCAAAAUCGUGUCCGAUCUGGCCCCGCCUUCGGCACAAUCUUCUUCGGUCAUUCCGAACGACCGACGGGAAAAUGUAGAUCAGCGCCAAACCGAUCAUCACCGGAACCGAUCGAAGGGAUCCAAAAGUCGUAUACCCGGCCCGACCAGAACCUACGUGGGAAGGGCAGUAGUAAGCAGAAGCAAAAGUGCCGAAGAUCUGUUGGCCGAUAAUGAGCAUGAUCCCGUCGGCCGAAAUACAGGUAACGACCGAAACCUAGAAAAUGUGAUUCAAGCGAAAGAUCGUCAGAUAACCAAACUGAUCGACAAAAUCACUACACUAUUUGAAUGUAACAAUCAGUUUGCAAUCGAAAAUGAAAAGCUGCAAAAGGAAUACCAGCAAGUUCAACUUAAUCUGAAAGCGUUAGAGGACAGUAAAGCGAAAAGCUGUGAAAACUGUGAAACUCGCGAAAGUGAACGGGAAGUACUAUUGAAGGAAAACGGAGACUUGAAAAAUGACAUCAAAAUGAUGAAAAUUUUGGUUUAUCGCUUGAAUGUCCAGGUCGAACGGUAUCAGGAUGUGCUGCGAGAUAGUAAAGGAUCGAAGAAUAAUAUUCCAAAGAUUGACUUCGUUGAUAGUUCGUACGGAGGAACCAAAGACAAUCUCAACUGGGGACCUGUUAAUACGCACACUCUUGGACCAUUGUUGAAUGCUUAUGAAGAAACUAUUGGAGAAAAAAACGAUCUUGUUCAGCAGUACGAACGGGAGUUGAUUGAUUUUACUGGGAAGUUGAAGAUAGUGCUUGAAGAGAACGAAUUACUUCAUAAGGAUAUGGAUGAAGCUAGAAUCAGUCAGAGUAAUUGGAUUUCAGAGCGAGCACGACUUCAAGCACAAGUUGAUUUAUUUAAAAAUAAGGCCGAAAUCCAGGGUAAACGAGCUGAUCUAGCUAAGGAAAAAUUAGUGGAAGUUUUAAAAUGUUAUGAGCAAAAAAUUCAAGCUCAAUCCCUUGAUAUUGAACGACUUCAGGAUGCAUACUCCCGUUCUAAGGGUGAAUUGACUUCUGUUAGGAAUCUUAAUCAGCAGCCAGAGGUCGUAGUUGAAAGUUUAAAAGAAUGCCAAAGGUUAUUUGCAGAACUUAAGGUACAGCAUGAUUCUGAAAAAUCUCAAUCUUCCUCCGAAAUGGAAUCUCUGAAGGCAGAACUCCAAACAAAAAUCGAAGAGAUAUCAAAGCUCAAAUCACAGCUGAACGAUCAACAACAGGCUCUCGAUCGCGCUAAGGAAAUCAAUAAGUUUGUACCAGUUGUGUUUGGUUCCUCACGUUUUCAAAUUUAUCCCGCCAAUAUCCAUUACAGAGUCCUUAUGGAGAAAAAUUCUAGCCUCAAACAAUCGCUUCACCACCUCCGACAAUCGAAGGAGCUCUUGAAGACCCGAUUGAAAAACAUGAUCACUUGGGGCAAGAGUGUAGAACAGCAACGUGGACAGUCACAGGAUUGCAGGCGAAGUGUACUAGCUUUACAGGAUAAAAUUCGAGAGCGGGACGGACAGCUGCAGCAUCUGCAAAUGCGCCACAUUGCAGAAGUGAAUCAGAUGCAACGAAAACUGAAACAACGCGAAGACAGCUUACGAAGGGUUCUAGAGGAGAAAACUCAUUUCAGGAAGGUCUAAACCGAGAGAAACAACCUCACCACUUGUUUAAAAAUGGUACAAAUCAAAACACCACGAUAUUGCAUAGAAACAAAUCAAUUUGUCGAAAGCACCAAUGUUAGAAUAUUUGCCCUUGCCACGCGGAAUUAUAGUUCAAUUUUACGCUUUUGUAA